AUGAAAUUGAGUAUUCCUACUGUGUGGGGAGGACAACUAUCCGCAAAAUUGUUUAAAACAAAUGACUCAUCGUCAAAUUGUCUAACAACAAAAAUUAUUGGUGUUCAUGGAUGGUUAGAUAAUUUGAAUAGUUUAUUACCUUUAGUCGAAAAAUUGAAAAAACAAAAUUACGAGAUAUGUUUGUACGAUCGUGCUGGACACGGAUAUUCUUCACAUUUGCCAAAAGCUAUAGAAUAUGAUAUUGGAAAUAAUAUGAGAGAUUUACGAACCGUUGUACAAAACCUUGGAUGGUCAGGUGAAAAAUUUAUUUUUAUUGGUCAUAGCUAUGGUGCAAUAUUGGCACUCACUUAUGCAGCUAUAUAUCGUGAUGAAGUUCAAUGUGUUGUCGCUAUUGAUGCAUUACCUUCCAUUACUUUACGUUCAACUGAAGAUUCCAAUUGGGCAAGUGUUUCGAAAAGAAUUGAUCAAAAUAUAGAAUAUUACAAUCACCCACCAAAAGUUUACGAUACUCAACUAACAUUUGACAAAGCAUUCCAAGUAGUAAAAAGUAUGCGACUGGGUAUAUCAGAUGAAGCUGCAAAAUUACUAACGGAACGAUCAAUCAAAACUGAUGCUGGUGAAUAA